UUACCAUUUCCUCUCCGUUCAACAUUGAGGUAAUAUUCUCGAUACAUGAAAAGCGAAUUUAGAAAUACGUGAUGCCAACAACCGAUCAUAUAGCAAAGAGUCACCUCAGUUCCCGGGCAUGCAGGACUUGUGCAUUGGCAAAAGCAAAAUGUGUACCACGGUCGGGAGGAUUAACUGCGAAAUGUGAAAGAUGUCAUCGUUUAAAGAAAGAUUGUGUGGCACAAAUUCCUUCUAUCAGGGCCCACAAGCCUCAAAAGACUACUCGAGUUGCACAAUUAGAGAAGAAACUUGAUGGUAUUGUGAAUCUCCUGCAACAGCAACAAGGCGUUCAUUCCCAAGAUGCAACGCAGACAUUUUCUCCACUCGUCGUCACCAAUGAAAAUGUCCUCCCCAGAUCACCACCCCUCUCCGGACCAGAACCCCCAAAUCCGAUUCCUCAUAGAAACGUUUCCCAUGUCGUCCCCAAACCUCUCGAAUCAAGUAAAAGACAAUCUGUCUAUGAAAAAGGCACUAAUGCCUGUCUUCUCGCCCACGCCAACUCGAAUCUCGAGCCCAAUGAUAAGGAAAUCGAAAGGCUGAUAAAAUUGUACCAGAUGGAAAUGACGGCGAGAUUUCCCUUCGUGGUUAUUGAGACGGGAAGACUGACAGGCAUGGAAUGGGUGUCGAGCAAACCGAUACUGGGAAAGGCGGUUUUGAUGGCGGCGAGCUAUUAUAAUUUGCCGAGACAGACGGUUUAUGAGACGGCGUUGGUGAGGGAUUUGACGGAGAGGAUUAUGGUGAGGAGGGAAAAGACUUUGGAGUUGUUGCAGACGAUUUUGGUUUUUUGUGGGUGGUAUCAUUAUCAUUGUUUAGGGCAUCCUCACCUGAACAAUCUCCUAGGUCUAGCAAUGGGCCUUGCUGGAGAUUUGGGACUGAACAAGCCACCAUCAGCCGAUAGAUUUAGGUAUCCAUUUGGCCACAGUAGAGCCACAGCUGGAGAUUUCUCAAGAAGAACAAUGGAGCAGAGAAGGGCUUUAGCUGGUUUAUUUUAUCUAACUUCUUUAGUUGCAACGGGCUUUCAGCGUAUAGAUGCUAUGAGAUAUUCGAUACAUCUUGAUGAAUGUGUUCGUUUCAUAGAGAAGAAACCAGAACAUACUACGGAUCUCUUACUAGUUGAUUUGGUGAAGGUCUCACAUCUUGGAGAGAAAAUUGGGCAAGCGAUCUUACUUGUUCAGAGCGAUAGUGAAAUUCAAGUCCCUACUGCGUUGAAGUUGGGUUCAUUCCAGGUGGAACUAGAUAUAUUGAAGAAGGGUGUUUCUAGUGCUCUGGGAGAUAAUGUAAUCCUACAGCUUCACCAUCAUAUUUCUACCAUCCGCCUCUAUGAAGUCGCGUUAACUAAUGGCUGGAUACCCACAAAUGCAACACAAUCACCUCAAUUUAUCUCAGCAGCCCAACCAAUUCACCCACCGCCUUUACAUCCAUCUCACCUGCAAUCUCUCUACACCUGUCUCCACCACACACGCUCUUUCCUCCACUUAGUCCUCUCAAUUCCUCCGUCUACCUAUCUAAGCCAGCCUAUUGUUCCAUGGUCCCUUCUCGCCUAUGCCCUCAUGGUUCUCGCCCGCCUCUCCUUCUACCAAAACCCACUUCUCCCCUCCUGGACCCUCAAUUUCGUCCGCGAAGUCUGCGAUCUCUCCUGGGUAUUAAAAGAGCUAGCAGAGCGAAACGAUAGAGCGAAAUUUGUAGAUAUCAACAUCACUACCGAGGAUGGAGAAUGGGGAAAAGACGCGGAGGUGGGUAGUGAUGGAAGAAGGGUAGGAGAGGGCUGGACAGAUUGUUUCGACAAGUUUGCGAGGAAAAUUCGUUUGGUGAAGGGGUGGUAUGAUCAGAAGGUUGCGGCUUAUGGGAAUUCGGCGCAGCCACAGCCGUUGGGGAAUGGGUUUAGAGUUGAUAGGAAUGCAGUAGAGGGUAGUGGUGGUGGGAGCGAGGAUGUUACUGAGGGGGGCACGUCCACGCAGAUUGAUGCUGGGUUAGAGGGUGUGGUAAAUGAACAGGUGAACUCGGAUGCAAUGCUAGUGUUGGGUGAUACAGAUAUGAGCCCUUGGGAUGGACUCGAUGAGCAGAAUUUUUGGAUGGAUUUGGGUGGGGAAUGGGAUAUAGAUGGAUUGGAGGCUAUGGGUGUGAUGCUAUAGGUACAUUAAAAGUAUAUCUCAGGAGUUCUGGCAUCUUCUAUUCUCAUUUUAUAACUGAAUGACGGAACACAUAUGAUUUGGAUUUGAGAGAGAACCUCAAAGACCUUAUGAAAAUCUCGAAGCUCAGAAUUGCCUGCUCAGACACACCUCGAUCGAAUCUUCCCACUCCUUUCAAGAAUGGCAUUGUCCAUUUCGAAGCAUGUUCCUCGCAUUCUUCUUUUUCUGUUACAGCGUUGUUCAGAAACAUCUUUGUGUUGAUUUUACGUGGCGUAAUGGCCUUAAAACUCGGUACCCCUGACUCAAAUGCCUUUACAAAGAAGUAUCAAAUUUUGGCCAAUUGCUAUGUUGGCCUCAAACCUCCUGAUCUGAGAGUCUUGGACUGACUCUUUCUUGAAUGUUAUUGUAUCUUUUGUGGUAUUGUUCCCUUGAUGGAGCUCAGUUCUUGAACAACUCCUCGAGGGAAAUAUAUAAAUCCUAAAGAGAUCCCCUAUCAUGUUCAUUUUUAUUCUCCAGUUUCAUCAAUUACAAUCACAUUUACAAUCAAACAAUCUUCCAAACUCCCUAAACGCUUGAAGUCUAGCAAUCAACUAUUAUAUCCACUCCUCCUCCAGAAUUAACUCUCAAAACAUAAUAACCAAAAAAAAAACAAUCAAAAGCCUCAUCCCCUCCAUCCAAAAUGUCUCAAACCCGCGCCGCCCAAUCCCUCAUUCAAAAUCUCUCCCCUCUCCCUCCCCAAUACUCUCCCCGCACCAAAAAACUCAGCGCUCGCGAAGCUACCCGCGCAUUCGUUUCUAGAGAGGUGAAACACAUGAUCGGAGCAACGAGAGGAGAUACUACUCGGGAGAUCCACAAAAAGGCUUGGAAAGCACGGGAUAUGGAGAGAAAGCUCAAGAGUCAGAGAGAG